AUGCCCCAUUGCCCUAUCCCGACUACCUUCAAGGGGCAGUGCAUAGGAGACUAUGUGUUAGGGAAAUCUAUCGGCAAGGGCGCGCGCUCAAAGGUGCGGGUGGCCAGACACAUGCCCACGGACACCAAGGUGGUAGUAAAGAGCAUCGUCCGGCGUGGUGUCGGUGUCUCCAGUUCCUGCCGAGAGCUCCGCUGUUUAAGAACCCUACAGCACCGAAAUAUCUCGCGGUUGCUGGAGGUAGUGGUGGACCCCGAAGAGGUACAUCUGGUGAUGGAGUACGUGCGCGGCGGGGACCUGAAGGCGCACCUGGAGCGGCGCCGCCGCCUCACCGAGCGCCAGGCCCGCGCGGUGUUCCGCCAGGUCGUCGUGGCCCUCCACCUGUGCCACCGGCGCGGCUUCGCGCACCUGGACAUCAAGCCGGAUAACAUCCUCUUAGAAGAAGACCUCACUGCCAAGCUGGCGGACUUCGGCCUCAGCCACGAGGCCACCGAGCUGCUGACCAGCUGUUGGGGAACACUGUACUACAUGGCGCCCGAGGUGCUGCGGGGCAGGCCGUAUGAUGGCCGCAAGGCCGACGUCUGGGGCCUGGGCGCCUCCCUCUACAAGGCGGUGACGGGGCGCGUGCCCUUCCCGGGCAACAGCGAUGAGAAGAUCACGCAGCGCAUAUUGGAUGGGCACUACAAACCGCCCUACUACAUGUCGGAGGCGGGCAGGAGCUUCCUCCAGCGGCUCCUGACGGUCGACCCCGACCAGAGGCCGACCCUGGAGGAGGCCAUGCGGAUGCCCUGGAUGGACCUGGGUCCAGAAGACCUGCCUCCCGACAGCGAGCCGCCCGGGGAGGACCUGGACCCCCAGGUGGUGGAGACCAUGCGCCGCAUGGGCUUUAGGGAGGAGGACAUCAGGGACUCCGUGGCGGGCCAGACAUUCGAUCGAAUAAUGGGGACUUACCGCAUCCUCCUCAUGACCAUGGGCAGGAUGGCCAUGGGGAGGAUGCCGGGCCGCACCGUCAAGGUCAGGCCCUACCGGCCCCCUGACACUGGGGCCGCCACCCCUUCCAGCCGCGAGGAGUCCCGGUCAUCGGGGGGCUCGUCAGGACCAUCAGUGGCGAGCCCCCCCUGCCGGUGGGCGGAGAAGACCAGCGCCCAGCCGUCCAGCCUGGAGACCAUCGCCUCCUCCCCUCUUCCCCUGGAGCCUGUGCAGGCGCUCCAGGCAGAGGGCUCGCCAAGACCAUCCAUGGUGAGGCCCCCGUGCCUGGGGGUGAAAAAGACAUACGCGCUGCCCCUGCCACCAUCCAGCCUGGAGACCACCGCCGCCUCCCCUCUUCCCCUGGAGCCUGUGCAGGCGCUCCAGGCAGAGGGCUCGCCAAGACCAUCCAUGGUGAGGCCCCCGUGCCUGGGGGUGAAAAAGACAUACGCGCUGCCCCUGCCACCGUCCAGCCUGGAGACCACCGCAGCCUCCCCUCUUCCCCUGGAGCCUGUGCAGGCGCUCCAGCCCGGGACCCGCGGCCCAGCCCCGCAGCUCCGCCCGGGGGGCGCCCCCACCCCCCGCACCAGCAACCGCUUCUGCAGCAGUGAGAGCAAGGCUGUAAAGGCGGAGAACCAGGAGGGAGCCCCCCCUGACAGCUCCCCCCAAGACGGCAGCCCCCCCCAAGAGGGCAGCCCCCGAGCCUCUCCCGCCGCCAACACCAGGGCCCGGCCGGGCUUGGCGCAAAGGGCCUGGCAGACAUUCCUAAAGGUCUUCUGCUGCGGCGUUGACACAACCAAACCCCGCAGGAAGAGAACCAGCGUCCACCCUGGUAACACUUGA